AUGGUUAACCCAAUCCCAAAAUUCGCGAAAAACGUAUGGACCAAGUGGAAUAUCAGGGGUGCUAUCCUCACUAGUCUCUCCCUUCAGGUAGUUCUUAUUUUCUUGGCACCAUUCAGAAAACGCACAAGAAAUAGCAUAGUGGUCUUGUCGCUAUGGUCUACUUACCUUAUUGCUGAUUACGUUGCCAACUUCUGUAUUGGACUUAUCUCCAACAAAUAUGGAGACCAAGACACCUCCAUUUCCAACGUCAAUGACUUCUUGCUUGCGUUUUGGGCACCCUUUCUUCUUUUGCACUUGGGUGGCCCUGACACCAUCACUGCUUUCUCUCUUGAAGACAAUGAACUCUGGCUCAGGCACAUGCUUGGUCUCUUCGUUCAAUUGGGUUUAACUGGUUACGUCUUCCUCUUGACACUUCCUGCAAACACUAUGUGGCUCCCAACAACACUCGUUUUCCUUGCUGGGAUCAUUAAGUACGCGGAGAGGACUCGGUCUCUUCAACUUGCAAGCAAUAGUAACUUCAGAAAAUCAUGUGUUCGUGACCCAGAUCCAGGUCCCAAUUAUGCAAAACUCAUGGAGGAAUACAAGUCUAGGAAAGAUGCUGGUCUUCCCACCUCAAUUACAACCAUGCCAGAGCCAGAACUAGAACCAGGUGCUAACUCAACCAAAGCUGAAGUAGAAAAGCCACAAAAGAAUAAGAAUGAAUCCGAAGGCAAACACGAGAAAGAAACUCUAGAUGACGUGGAGGUGGUGAGGAAAGCUCAUGGCUUGUUCGAUACCUUCAAGGGGCUCAUCGUUGACAUGAUCUACAGCUUCUAUGAGCGUAGCGAGAGCCGCGAAUAUUUCCUCAAGCAAAAUGCAGAGGAUGCUUUGAGAGUGAUAGAGGUUGAACUCAACUUCAUGUAUGAAUCUUUCUAUACCAAGUCAUCAGUGGUGCGCACCACGGUAGGAUAUAUUUUCCGAUUUGUGGCGGUUAGUUGCACUGUGGCAGCCUUAGUGCUCUUUGUUUUUGACCAAAAGCAUGGUUGCAAUGAGUUCGAUGUCGUAGUCACCUACACGUUGUUGUAUGGUGCUGUGGCUUUGGAUACCGUGUCUUUGUUGAUGCUCAUUUUUUCUGAUGACACUUUUGCAUUUGAUCCUAGCAAAAAGGAUCGUCUUAGAGGCAUUAAAAUAUUCAUAGUUUCUAUUUCAAGAGGUUUCCUCAAGUUCAAUAGACUAAAGUGGAAAGAGGAAAUCUUGUCUAGGAAUGUAUUGUGUCGGAGAUGGUCUGAAUCAAUUGCUGCCUACAAUUUGAUUUAUUAUUGCUUAUAUAAAAAGGAGCGUUGGUGGGAUAGAUAUUUUGAAUACAUUGGAGCCACAGAGUUUGUAGAACAAUUGAAAUAUGAGAAAAAGAAAAAAUUGCGUCAAGGUCUUUGGAGUUUUAUCUUCGAGGAGCUGAAGAGAAAAUCUGGGGACGUAGAUGAUGUGGAAACUAUACAGAGAAUAUGCUCUUCUAGAGGUUCUUGGGUUAUUCAAGAAGGUGAAAUACGGCGACAUGAUAUUGACAAAUUGAUGCCUUAUGUAGAUGCCAACAUAGUCACUUUUGAUCAAAGUCUUAUUCAGUGGCACAUUGCCACUGACCUCCUGUUCUAUGAUGAUCACAAAAAUGCUCAAGAUGAAGAUGUUGAGGAAGGAAGGGGUAACACUGAUAAAGAGGAUGAGCUUUUUCGGGAUUUCAGUAAGCUUCUUUCAGAUUACAUGUUAUACCUUUUGAUCAUGCAACCCAACAUGAUGUCUGCUAUCGGGGGAAUUGGGCAGAUAAGGUUCCAAGACACAUGGGCUGAGGCUAAUAAGUUCUUUAGCAAGAGGGAUCAGAAAAUACGAGAAGAUCAAGAAAAGAAGGAAAUGAAUGAUCAGAAGAAAAGGGCAUGCCGCAAACUUAUUGAUGUGUGUACUGAUCAAGAACCAUCUUCUGUCAAGGGAGAUAGGAGCAAAUCUGUGUUGUUCGAUGCAUGUAGACUUGCCAAUGAGAUCAAAAAGUUAAAUGAGAAGAAGAGAUGGAAAAUCAUAGCACAAGUAUGGGUGGAGUUGUUAUCAUAUGCAGCAUCUAAUUGCAGACCAAUUACCCAUGUUCAGCAACUUGGUAAAGGUGGAGAAUUCAUUUCGCUUGUUUGGUUAUUGAUGACUCAUUUAGGCCUUGCGAAGCAGUUUCAAAUCAAGGAAGGCCAUGCAAGGGCCAAAUUGAUUGUGGGUGAAGAAGACAUGAACAAAAGUAGCUGA